UCUUUUCAUUAUAUAUUUUAUUAUAAAUCACAUAAACAUGUGUAUUCAUAUAUGAAAAAAGCUGCAUUAAUUUCUACAGAAGUAGAAAGAAGAAGAGAGAGAGAGAGAGAGAGAGGGAGAGGAAGAUGAUGUUCGACAAGGAGUAUUUGGAUAUGGUUUUGGUGCCAUUAGGGUUGACGACGGUGUUGUCGUACCAUCUCAUUCUUCUUUAUAGAGUCCUCUAUUUUCCUUACACGACAGUCAUCGGUUUCAUGAACAUCGACAAGUCCAUUUGGGUCGACCGAAUCAUGCAGGCAAGAAAGGACGAACUGGGCAAUGCCCUAACGGUAUUAUCGAGCAGUAUCUCAGUAUCAACCUUCCUGGCAUCAGUCUCAUUAUCCCUGAGCUCUCUGAUCGGCGCGUGGAUCGGAAGCUCGCCGUCAUCGACGACAAUCUUCACCGGAAAAUUCAUAUACGGUGACACAAGCCCCACGACGAUGAUCAUCAAGUACACAGCCCUCCUGGCCUGUUUCCUUGCGGCCUUCGCUUGUUUCGUCCAGUCCACGAGGCAGUUUUUGCAUGCGAACUACCUCCUCACCACGCCCGGCGGCGAUAUUCCGGCGGAGAUGGUGAAGAGAGCCGUCGUGAGAGGCGGGAACUUCUGGUCGGUCGGACUCAGGGCUCUGUAUCUGGCUCUCGAUCUGUUGAUUUGGUUGUUCGGACCGAUUCCGAUGCUGGUCAACUCGGUCAUGAUGGUCGUGAUCUUGCAUUAUCUCGACUCGAACUCGGUGGCUCAGCCGCUUCAUCACCAGACAUUUGCGGCGGAGCAGAUGGUGAAGAGGAUGGGCGGAGUGUUCCAUGAACCGUUGACUUACGGUUGAACAGUAUCAUAAAUAAUUAUAAUACCAAAUAAUAAUAUUUUCGUCUGUUACCAUUUUGAGUCAAACCAAAACAAAAGUUUCAUUUUUAUGUUUUUAACGUGAAAACCCAUUGUGUUCUUGUUUAAUGUAACCCAAGAACACGAUCAAAUUGGAAAGAUUAGCAUGCA